AUGGUACUGAAGGGGCAAACACCAGGCGUCAUUCACGUGUGUUGCCCCAUCGCACCACCACCCCAGGGACCACCGCUCACCCCCAGCUCCUCCAUAUCCUUCGUGCAACAACCGGCCAUGGGAGGGUUCCAUCGCCCCUCACAGCGCCCUAACGCCCGCCAGCCCGGCCAUGGAGGUUUCUUGGAGGAUAAUGAAGAGGAAGAAGAGGAGGAGGAUAUAGAGUUCAUAAACCCCCCAGUAAUACCCACACGCUUCCCUCAGACAAGGUCCCACUAUUCCAGGGGCGCAGAAUGUGUCCUCCCCAGUGUCCCAGAGCCCCGAGCCCCCAUCACGGAGCCCCCAGUGCCGCCCAUCCUGCCCACGGAGAAUGAGUGUGGGUCCAUCAGUCAAGCGGGCUCUGCGACGCCGUGGGCGGUGGGCGUGGGCGUGCUGGACAAAGGUGGAUUCCAGGUGGUCUGCGGGGGUGCCCUCAUUAGCUACCUACACGUCGUUAUCGCCGCCCACUGCCUCCACAACCCCGCCCCGACACACGUGCGCCUGGGGAACCUGCCUGGGGCUUCCGUGGAUAGGGCGAUCCUGACGUGGGUGCAUCCCGAUUACCACGCCGCCAGCAGGGACAACGACCUAGCGCUUCUCACCCUCGCCACACCUGUCUCCUUCUCCGACAACAUCCGGCCUGUGUGUUUGCCCUUCCCUUACCGCCUGGACGGGUUCGUGGGACAGCAGGUGCAGGUGCUGGGGUGGGGAAGCAGGGCCACGGUGGAGAACGGCACGCUGCGGGUGAUAGGGCUGGGGGAGUGUCGCAAGGCCUACAGUUCCCCUUCCCUCAUCUCAGACAAUAAGGUCGGGUUCUUCUCUGACCCGAUCUCCUCUACUGCCCCUGCCUUCUUCCCUCGCACUUCGUCAGCAGCGAUGGUGGUGGACAGGAGGCAUUUGUGUGGCUCGCCCGCCCCGUCAGCACCCUCCUCCACGACUUGCCUGAGUGACUUCGGGGCGCCUCUUAUCUACCUGGACCUGGACACCACGGGGAAACACUUCCUGGUGGGCGUGUCCUCUCGUGGGGAAGGCUGCGAUGCGGGGCCGGGCCUGUACACGCGAGUGGGGUACUUCCUUCCCUGGCUGGCGGUUCAACUCGGGACAGUACAAGCCUCCACUCAGAGUACCGCGUCCAGCUCUGUCCCCAGCCCAUCACUGAUCAGGAGAGUACCGGACCAGACCCACCGUAGCAGAGGAUAGCGGGUCAAGUGAAGGCAGAGAGUGGAGGCGAAGGAGGAUUGGAGAAAGGGAGACAGACAAAGUAGUGAGACAGAGACAGGAUAGAGGAAAGGAAGGUGAGAUGAAUGAAAUAGUGAGGAAGGAAGGAAGGCAGAGAGGAUGCAAAAAAGAAAGCAAGACAAGAUACUGAGACAGGGAGACACGAAGCUUAGCAGGGGAGAUAGAAGGAAAUAAAGCAAGAUAGCAGUGAGAUAAGGAGAGAGGGAAGGAAGGAUGGUGGGGGAGAAGGUGAGAGGAUG